CGCGUUCCCUUAGUUCCCUCAUUAACGAUCACUUCCGCCCACGGCUCUGGAAUACCCGAGGCCCUUUGGCUGCGAACAACGGGAAGUGCAUUUCCGGUACCUGUUGCCACGGCUCCGGCCCAGUGGGCCUAAGGGGGCGAAGUUAUUGGCGUCCUCUCCCCCAUUUCUGGGGGUAGAGAUGUCGGGGCUCAGCUACCCAGAGAUGGAGGGCUGUCGUAACCUGCUCGGUCUGUUGGACAACGACGAAAUCAUGGCCCUAUGCGAUACCAUCACCAACCGCCUGGUGCAGCCUGAGGACCGCCAAGAUGCCAUUCAUGCAAUAUUAGUGUACAGUCAAAGUGUAGAAGAACUUUUGAGGCGUAAAAAAGUCCACCGAGAAAUCAUAUUCAAGUACUUGGUAACACAGGGGGUUAUUAUACCUCCAGCUACUGAAAAACACAAUCUUAUUCAGCAUGCAAAGGAUUACUGGAAAAAGCAGUCACAACUGAAAUUGAAGGAAACGCCAGAGCCAGUUAAGGCAGCGGACAUUAGACUCUUUGAACAGGAGAAAGAAGAUAAAAAAGCUGAAAAUGUUGAUUUUCGUCGAUUAGGUGAAGAAUUCUGUCAGUGGUUCUUUGAACUUCUUAAUUCUCAGAAUCCUCUUCUGGGACCACCUCAAGAUGAAUGGGGGCCACAGCACUUCUGGCAUGAUGUCAAGCUUAGGUUUUAUUACAACACAUCUGAACAAAAUGUGAUAGACUACCAUGGAGCAGAAAUUGUGAGCCUUCGUCUGCUGUCACUAGUGAAAGAAGAAUAUCUUUUUCUCAGUCCUAACCUAGAUUCCAAUGGACUGAAAUGUGCUGCUUCUCCCCAUGGUCUAGUUAUGGUUGGAGUUGCUGGGACUGUCCACCGAGGGAACAGUUGUUUGGGCAUUUUUGAACAAAUUUUUGGGCUCAUCCGCUGCCCUUUUGUGGAGAAUACUUGGAAAAUCAAAUUUAUCAACCUGAGAAUUAUUGGAGAGCAUUCCCUUGCUCCUGGAACAUUAAUGAAACCAGCUAUUACACUUGAACCAAGUGAUCUAGAAGCCUUUUAUAAUGUAAACACUUUGUGUGGUCCAGCGAAGGAUGACUCAAUGUAAGGCAGGCAUUGGAUAGUGGGACUGGAAGACCAAACUUUAUCUAGUGGAAAUGAGGCACUGUUGAACAAAAGAGAACUAAUUUUACCUAGUCCUUGAAGCAUUGAGUACUAUAUUUCAGUCUGAAAAAUCUAUACAGAAUUUCUUCCAAAUACUACAUCAGUAAUGUCUAACUGAUUUCAGAUUCGGGGAUUGACAUUUUAGUUGAAAAGUCUUUCUUGACUACAGGCUAACAUGUUAUGUGAACACUUGCCUCUUUCUACGUGAGUUGCAGCAAAUGUUCUGAAGUCUUCAUGCAAUUCAUCAAAUAAAUCCCACUUUAGAUGUUGUAACUAACUGUGUGCCUUAGAAACCAGUUAAAAUUUUCAUUUUACUUGGUGGAUAUUCUGCUAAUAUCUGUACUUGUCAUGCGGGAAAAAAUAAAUAGUGUUCAAGGCUUUCCCUUUUAAUUUUCUCAUUUACUUUUG